GAUAAAAGAAUCACGAGCUUCAACUGAAGUUCAUGUUUUUUGCUGAUAAAGUGUUUGUGAAAUUUCCACAACCAAAGAUAUCUUUCCAAUGGCUACUUGGUUCCAAAAUCAAGGGAGCUUGAGGAAACAGCUUGCUCUUGCUGUGAGGAACAUCCAAUGGAAUUAUGGGAUCUUCUGGUCCAUAUCAGCUAGUCAGCCAGGGGUCUUGGAGUGGGGAGAUGGUUAUUACAAUGGAGAUAUAAGGACAAGGAAAACAGUUCAACCUUUGGAGCUCAAAGCUGACCAGUUAGGUUUGCAGAGAAGUGAGCAGCUGAGAGAACUCUAUGAGUCCCUUUCAGCUGGUGAAGGCAGCCCUCAAGCUAGAAGACCUUCAGCUGCAUUAUCUCCAGAAGAUCUCACUGAUGCCUAGUGGUAUUACUUAGUUCGUAUGUCGUUGGUGUUCGA